ACACAAAUCAAAGAUAGAAGCCUAAAAAAUGCAUUAGCAAGUAAACAACAAUAUUUAGAAAAAUUGAAACAAUUUGACGAAGAUAUUACAAAAAAACACAAGGAGAUUUUAGAAAUACAAUCUGAAACUAUUGAAGUUUCACCCAAUGUUAACAGUGCGAUUACUAAUUUAAUAAAAACUUAUCAGAAUGUUAAAACCAGAACAAAGGAAUCAAUAUUAAAGUAUGAAAAUUUUGUAAGAGAACACAAGCAUUUUGAUUCAAGUUAUGAAGAGUUUAUUGAAUUAGUUAAAUGUUUAACAGAAGAACUAAACAAUUACAGUGAAGUUGUUGGCGAUUUAGGACUUCUACAAGCAAGACAAAAGAAACUGUUGUCACUAUCAGACUCAAAAUGCCAACAAAGUGUGCAUUAUGAGUCUCUUAUUAAUAUGGCGGAAAAAUUAUAUGCCCAAACUUCUCCAGACGGAAGAGAAGUAAUUCGCCAAAAUAUGAAGGAUUUGAGAAAUGCAUGGGAAUUAGUGUCAGAGACUUUGCAAUCCAGCUUAAACAAACUUGAUAAUUGUUUAUUGCAAUUUGCUGAAUUUUCUCUAUCACAAGAACAACUGACAAAAUGGCUGAAAAAUAUUGAGCAUGCAAUGCAACAACAUACUGAAACAAAAGCUACUUUACAAGAAAAGAAAGCUCAACUUCAGAACCAUAUUGUUAUCAACCAAGAAAUAUUGUCUCACCAAAAUCUUGUACAAUCAGUGUGUGACAAAGCUCAAGAACUCGUGAAUCAAACUAAAGAUAACACUUUAAACACAUAUUUAGAAUCAAUCAAAAAUCUUUAUGAAAAAAUUGUUACUAAGUCUAAGGAGUUGAUGAAUUCACUAGAGCUUUCUGUUCAAAAUCAUUCUGAAUUCAAUCAAGUUUGUCAGAAACUUAAAUUGAUUUUAAAAGAACAGCGUGAUAAAAUUCGCGAAAAUGAUAGUAUUGCUGCAGAAAAAGACAAUAUUGUUAAGAAACUUAAUAUAUUUAAAGAAAUGAAAACAAUAAAUACAACUGAAAAUGAAUUACGAAAUCAUCUUGGAGAGGUAUUUCAAUUGGUUAGCAAAACAACCACAAAGAAAGGAAUUAAUGUUAUGUCAAAAGAAAUAUCAAGAAUAGAUAGUGAUAAAUCACAAUUAAUAAUACAGCUUGAUACCAUCAUUGAAAAGAUGGAAGAAAUACUGAUUCAAUGGACUGAUUUUGAAAAUUAA